AUGGCUAGAAUAAGACUAUCAGAAUCACAGCAAGAUAUAAAAGAAUCGAAUGAAGCAAUAUUUCGAUCUGCACCAAUGACAUUGGUACAAUUUUAUGUCACAAUUGAAUUAGCAAGAGAUAUGGUAGGAGUACUUGGAAAUUUAGGUUGUGUACAAUUUAGAGACUUAAAUUCAAAAUUAACACCUUUUCAAAGAACUUUUGUAAAUGAUUUAAAAUCAAUUGAUCUUAUGCUAAAUCAAUUACAUUUUCUUCAUUCAAUAAUGUUAAAACAAAAUACUAUAACUGGUGAUAUAUAUAUUAAUUUAAAAGCUGAUACUAAAUCAUUACCUACAACUUCCGAAAUGGAUCAAUUUAAAUUUAAAUUAAAUGAUUAUUUUGAAAGAAUAAAGCAUUUGGAUGAUUCAUACAAUAAAUUAGAUUAUCAAAAAUUGAAAUACAUUGAAAACAGAAGUGUUAUAAAUAUUGUAAAUAAGUUUCAUAAUUCAAGUCUAGUUGAUAAAAAUGAGGAUAAUAACAAUGGAAAUUUAACUUUUGAUGAUGAUAAUGAUCUUGAUGAUAAUAUUGCACUUUUAAAUGAACAAAGAAAUAAUAGUUUAGAAUUGGGACUAGAGAUUACCAAUCUAGAGGAUUCAAAUUUUAAUACAAUUGCAGGUACAAUUGCUAGAGAUAAAAUUCCAAUUUUAAGAAACAUAUUAUGGAGAACUUUAAGAGGUAAUUUAUAUUUUCAUGACAUUGCUAUAGAUGAACAAUUUCCUGAAAAUGAUAAUUCGAUAGAUUUAAUCUAUAAAAAUGCAUUUAUAAUUUUCAUACAUGGUGAUUUAUUGAGAUCAAGAGUUAGAAAAAUCAUUCAAUCAUUAGAUGGUAUAAUAUUUGAUAAUGCCUGCGGUAAUGUACAAGCAAGAGAGGCAACAUUAGAUGAAGUAAACAAAAAAGUUGAAGAUUUAACAAAUGUUGUAAAUAGUACUAAAGAUCAAUUAGUAACAGAACUAAAAGUUUUCCAGGAAUUAUACCCUGAUUAUGCUUUUAUUGUACAGAGAGAAAAAUUGAUAUUUGAAACAUUAAAUAAGUUUGAUGAGGAUAGUACAAGAAGAUGUUUAGUUGGUGAAGGAUGGAUUCCAUCAAUUGAUUUUGAAAAAAUUAGGGGAGCAUUGAGGAAUUUGAUUAAAGAGAAGACAAGAAGAAAUAGAUCAAGAAAUUCAGCAGAAUCAAUAAAUAUUUCAGAUACUUUUGAAUCGGAGACUAAUAUGUUUAUAAUUGAUGAUGAAGAUGGGAACGAGGUAUCAGGAUUUGAAAUUGACGAAAAUAAUGAAGAACUUGGUUCAUUAAUUGCUGUUGUUAAUGAACUUUCAACAAACAGAACUCCUCCAACAUAUCAUAAAACGAAUAAAUUCACAGCAGCUUUCCAACUGAUUAUUGACGCGUAUGGUAUAGCAAGUUAUCAAGAGGUAAAUCCAGGGCUUGCCACUAUCAUAACCUUCCCUUUCAUGUUUGCAAUUAUGUUUGGUGAUUUAGGUCAUGGGUUCAUUGUACUAUUAGGUGCGUUAUAUUUAAUCAAAAACGAAGUUUCAUUUGGAGCUAUGAGAAAUAAAGAUGAAAUUUUUGAAAUGGCUUUUAAUGGUAGAUACAUUAUACUAUUGAUGGGACUUUUCUCGAUGUACACAGGUUUGAUUUACAAUGAUAUUUUUUCAAAAUCGAUGGCAAUCUUUAGCUCAGGUUGGGAAUAUAAAUUUCCUGAUAAUUAUGAUCCAAAACUAGGUGGAACUUUAACUGCAACUAAGAUACCUGGUAAAACUUAUCCAUUUGGACUAGAUUGGGUUUGGCAUGGAACCGAAAAUAAUCUUUUAUUUACAAAUUCAUACAAGAUGAAACUAUCAGUUUUGAUGGGUUAUAUUCAUAUGAACUACUCAUUGAUGUUUAGUUUGGUAAAUUAUUUAUUUUUCCAUAGAAAAGUUGAUAUUAUUGGCAAUUUUAUUCCUGGGUUUCUUUUCAUGCAAAGUAUAUUUGGAUAUUUGGCUUUAACUAUAGUAUAUAAAUGGUCAGUUGAUUGGUUUGGAAUAAACAAACAACCUCCUGGUUUAUUGAAUAUGUUGAUAAACAUGUUUUUGUCACCAGGAUCAAUUGAAGAACCUUUAUAUCCAGGUCAAAAAUUUGUACAAAUCGUAUUGGUUCUAAUUGCAUUAAUUUGUGUUCCAUGGUUAUUGAUUUAUAAACCACUAACUUUAAAAAGACAGAAUGAUAAAGCUAUCAAAUUAGGCUAUUCGGAUAUACAUUCUCAAAGACAUCACUCAAUAAUUUUACACGAGGAGGAAGAAGCAUUAAAUUUGGAGAAUGAGUUAAAUAAUGAUCCAAUCGAUGACUCCUUUAAUGAAAUUGAAGAUGAAGAUUUUAGAUUUCCAAAUGAUAUCGAACCAAUGUUUCAUUCAGCUGGAGCUCAUGGAGAUGAUCAUGGAGAAUUUAAUUUUGGUGAUAUUGUAAUUCAUCAAGUAAUUCAUACUAUCGAAUUUUGUUUGAAUUGUGUUAGUCAUACAGCAUCAUACUUAAGAUUAUGGGCAUUAUCUUUGGCUCAUGCUCAAUUAUCCACAGUUUUAUGGUCAAUGACAAUACAAAAUGCAUUUGGUAAAACUGGAGCAGUUGGUAUUUUAAGCACUGUUGCUUUGUUUGCAAUGUGGUUUCUGUUAACUGUCUGUAUUUUAGUUUUGAUGGAAGGUACAUCAGCUAUGUUACAUUCUUUGAGAUUGCAUUGGGUCGAAGCAAUGUCUAAAUUUUUUGAAGGUGAAGGAUAUGCUUAUGAGCCAUUCAAUUUUAAAACUAUAGAUAUAUAG